GUACCUCCCCUGGACAUUAGGCUGUGCCAUUGAGCUGUUAUUGAUCUCUGAGCACUUCAGCGAAGGAGGGACACGGUACACACGUCAGCAAGUGUUUCUAUAACUGGAGCUGUGAAAAAAACAAAGACUGACGGACGCACCGACAGACCGAGAGAGAACCGCAGAGAAACAGUGAAGAGCUGAAGUUAAAGGAAUCUAUUCCAGCUCACUCGGACUGGAGACAUGACCAAAGAGACUGAGACUCUGGGACUGGUUUUUCAGAGCGAGAAUUUCAACUACAACCAUUACUCAAACUACAACAUGGACUCCUGGUCCUACCUGGAGAGUCCCGUCCCUGAGCUGAACCACUCCAAACCCAGACUCCACCCAGGGGAUGACCUGGCAGCGUUAACCAUGCUUUAUGAACAGUGCAAGAGCCAGAAAGAGCACAAGAUUUCUUCCUGCAACCGUGGCAGUAACAUCAACAAGAUGACAGAAAGGAAUUCAACCAAUGAGCUUGCGUCACUGGAGGCGUCCGCCAACGUCAUGAAGAUCCUCUCCGAGAGCGUCCCCAGUCAUCCUCAGGAUGUCUUGGGAUCCAAGCAAAACGUCUCCAUGCCCAUCGCCGUUCCCACCACCUCAGACACUUAUACCACCCUGACCAGCGUGGUGGCCGACACUUAUGACAAACAGGAGCUCAACAUCAUCUUCGACUCACUGCUGCAGAAGUGGCCAGAGACGGGCGCUUUCCCCGACCCCAGCAAUGAGACUCUCCCCUACAGUGAUCCCUUCCCCGAGGACACAUCCAGCCCCGUCUAUUCGGGCUCAUACACCGGCUCUCCCACGGAUAGGUAUAGGAACGAGUUCCAGUUUUCCCUGGGAGCUCCUCUAGCAUCCGCUUACAAGUCCAGUGAGCUGCCCAUGGUCUACCUGAACAAGGGCCAGUUCUACCCCAUCACUCUGCAGGGAGUGGACAGCAGCGCUUGCCUCACUGCCAACAAAGUCAAAACCGUCGUGAUGGCUGUGUUCGAGAAUGACAAGAGCCCAGAGAUGCAGCUGCGCUUUUGGAAUCACUGGCAUGCGCGGCAACCCACCGCCAAGCAGAGGGUCAUCGACAUCGCAGACUACAAAGAAGUGUUCAGUGGCAUUAGUGACAUAGAAGAGGUGGCUUUCAACGCACUCUCCUUUGUGUGGAAUCCCAGUGAAGAAGCCAAGGUGUACAUUGGCAUCAACUCUCUGAGCACAGACUUCUCAGCCCAGAAGGGAGUGAAAGGUCUGCCUCUGAACCUACAAAUCGACACGUAUGACUUCAGCUCAGGCACCAACCAGCUCAUCCACAGAGCCGCCUGUCAGGUCAAGAUCUUCUGUGAUAAGGGUGCUGAGAGGAAGAUGCGUGACGAGGAGAGGAAAAGGAGCAAGAGGAGGGGAAAGAACGUGAAUGAGCUGAACGCCAAGUCUUUAGUGAGCAGCUCCAUGGGCAGUGACUGUACCUUCUUCCAGAGUCUGGACGACCACAUAACCCAGCCCGUCCUCUUUAUCCCAGAAACACACCUCUCCAGUUUACAGCGCAUGGCCGCUCCCAUGGACGAGACCGAGAGGAGUUCAAUGAAGAGGUUGUACCCUGACAGAGACCAGAACAGCUCCCCACCAAGCAAGCAAGCCCGCAGAGAAGAUCCACAGAGAGUUCUGUUGUAUGUGAGGACAAGCACUGAGGAAGUGUUUGACGCGCUCAUGCUCAGCUCGCCCACAGUGUCAGGCCUAAGAGAAGCUAUUUCAGAAAAGUAUUGUGUGCAAAAAGACACCAUUGGGAAAAUCUACAAGAAAUGCAAGAGAGGGAUUUUUGUCAACAUGGACGACAACAUCAUCCAACACUACACCAACCAGUCGGCCUUCCUCAUUGAGAUGUCCGAGGUCGUCGCCGGUCAGUUCCAGGUCACCCUCGUUGAAGUAUGAGAGCGAGUCGGCCACUCGCUCGAUUGAAGGAUGAACA